AAUAAACAUAGUGGUAUAUAGUAUAAAUAUAGUGGUACUGCGAUGCUGGAUUAGCUACUUAUACCGUACAUAUCUCCGAUCCUAACGGGCACGAUGGCAGCUAUCGCCGUGCUCUGUGUCUUCGGGAUCCUGCUGCUGUACUUCCCCGAGCACGGGAAAUGUCGGGAGGGCGUGCCCGCCAGGCGGCAGUGGGUGGGUGCGUCAUGGGAGAACACCUAUGACGGAGAUUUGACCUUCACGUGCCCGGGAGAGAACCAGGCUAUUUCGGGUUUAUACAGCCAACACAACAAUGCCUUUGAGGACAGGCAGUUCAGGUUUGAAUGCAGUGACCUUCCAGGCAACACACAAGGCUCCACUUGGAACUCCAACUACCAGAACGACUACGACAUGGAGCUCAACUUCCUCUGCCCGUUUAACAGCGUCAUGAUAGGGAUGCAGAGUCACCACAACAACGACAAAGAAGACAGGCGGUGGAGCUUCACGUGCAUGCAAGUGCCUGUGUAUCGUUUGGCUGAUUGUGUUUGGACAGACUACAACGAUUUAGACGCCGAUAUUGAAGUUCCGACUUUAGACAAUUACUUCUUCACUGGAGCAAGGAGCCAACACCAUGACCAUGCGGAGGACAGAAACUGGAGUUACCAGCGCUGCAAACUCAAGCAAACCGGUGAAAACAGCCCGUUAUACAUACUACAUAUUCUCAAAGGCACCAUGGCAAGACAUACUGCUGUAGCAGUUUUUGUGCUCUGUGUCUUCCUACUCCUGCCCGCCAAUGUAGCCCCGGUAGCCGGGCCGUGGGUGAACGGCUAUCACCGCUGGUUCGGCUUCAGCUGCGACCACCGGAACCAGUUCAUAUCGGGGCUGUUCAGCCGACACGACAAUGGCUGGGAGGACAGGCGGUUCAAGAUUGAAUGCAGAAACCUGACCAUCACCCCAGAACAGUACGGCUCAACCUUCGAGUCCGGGUACCUGAACGAGUAUGACGCGGAGGUUGACUUCGAAUGCCCGUCUCACGGCGUGCUGAGGGGGAUACAGAGCGCGCAUAGUGACUGGCACAUGGACAGGAACUGGAACUUCAUCUGCAUGGAGGUCCGGGGGUUCUGCUGGUAUGGCUGUACGUGGUCAGCCUACAAUGACUGGGACGAUGACGUCGACAUUCCAACCGCUGACUGGCACUUCAUCACAGGAGCGAGGAGUCACCACGAGGACCGCUAUGAGGAUAGGAAGUGGAGCUACCAACGCUGUGGACUCCGAGCCUGCUAACCAGGAGAAGUCUCACACAUGGCGACGCCAAGCUGCAAACCCUCCAGACUCACAGCGAUAAUAAUGAUAAUGAUAAAUGAUG